ACCUGUUGUUUGGAAAGGUAUAAACAACAUAUUAAAGAUGGAUUACUUACAAGAAGCCACUAAAGCAAUUAAAAAAGUUGUUAAACCAUCAGAAAUAUACUUGAAAAAAAUUGAAAAAUUAACAAAAACUGAUGAUAAAUUCUUAGAUAUACAUGCAAAUCUACUGAAAUCAGAUAAUUCAGAGUAUAACGACUUUUUUGCCUCAUUUGAACAUUGGUAUCAUAAGAAUUCACGUCGAUAUAUGCGUUAUCUAUCUGUGUAUGGUCGUGAUUUUAUUACAAAAGUUGAAUUCAAGUUGGCGCUAAAAGAUCUACGUGUACCAUUCAAUAAUACACAAUUGCAUAUUAUCUAUAAAUGGUUAGAUCCAGAAAAAACUGGUCUAGUUGAAUAUAGUACACUGUAUGAAGCAUUUUGUCGUGCCCUAGCUAAGCAUUACACAGAUGAAGAUGAAGUGAACACAAUGGAUUUAGAAGAUACUGAGAAAUGGAUUGUAAUGACAUUUAAAGCGCCUACCUACGAUCCUUUGGAUAUGCCAACCUCAUUUGAACAAUUAAUUCAUCUAGGUUAUACAGGGAAUAUGUUACGUCAGUUGAUUCAUUUGAAAGUACCACAGCUACCAUCGCAUACAUUAGUUCUAUUCACGGAUCCAGCACAUUAUAAUGAAACAAUAAUACAUUGUAAUCAAAAACUGUAUGAUUUUGAUUUUAUUGGUGGUUCAAAGAUUACACCGACUGAAGGAACUAUCUAUUAUGAAUAUUCAGUUGGUUAUGUAGAUGCACCGCUACUGUUAUGUAAUCGAGAAGUGAACGAAAUAAAUCUGAUGUCUUACAUGGAUAAUCAACAAUUACAAACAUCACAACAGGAUAUAGAACAACAGUCGAUUGAUAAUCAAAAUGUUGAUAGAAAAGGCAGAGGUGAACAAUCCCGUGAAAGAUUUGAAUCGUACGUGACAAAUUAAACCAAUUAUUACUAUUGAAUAU